AUGUACGAUGUGUCUACCCCUGUUUGUGACACUAAACUCCCUGAUGAUGUUGCUACGGAUGAAUACGGCAAAGAACUCUCAAAGAUAAAUGAAUCUAUAAUACAGGGAGGUAAAUCACCAAAGGCAAUCUGUAUAGAAGACUUAGAUUGUGAUAACACAGUGAGCGGAAUUUGUGAGGAUGGAUCAAAGUCUCCAACUAGCACGUCUGUGCAACGUUUGCUUCGUUUACGGCGUGACAUUUCUUCCUCUACUGUUCCUAAUCUGGUUUCCGAGUUUUCUUUGGAUGAAAGUGUGGAGCUGCCAACAAGCUCUGUGCUAGGUGGUGAUUCUGGCUACAAAUUCCCGAGUACAUUUACUCCUGUUAAAGCUUCCAAAGCUAUAAAGAUUGAACCGGACAACCAAGCUAGCAUUCAAAGGGAUGCAGAUGGACCAUGUUUGAACAUUAGUGAUGACGAAACCAAGAAUCCUAUACUGGCUAGUUCGGUUAGAAGAGUUCGGAACACUCCCUCGGACACAGCCGACAUUCGUAGGUCACUAAAGAUUUUGGGAAGUUCACGCUGUUGGACUGAUCGUUAUACAGGUGAUGACAGUGUAGGAAAUUGUGGAUUAUCUGAUGAUGAUUUGUAUGCAACUCAGAGUCCAAUUCGUAGUUUGGGUAGUCUGAUUGGGACCCAGUCUAGUGCUUCUGACUUUGCUUCGAUGACUCCUCGUUCUAUAGAUCGCAAUUUCACACCUUUGAGCACUCCAAGACGUUCGGUAGGCUCUACAAAGAGGCUUUUGUCGCGUGAGGACUCUUUGAGGCCUAAGCAGCCCAUUCAUGAUACGUUGGAUCGUUUUUCCGAUAUCAGUAUUUUAGAAAUUUGCAAGCUUCCGACUAAUCCCAUGGUAUUCGUUACUCUUCCGAAAGAUAUCAUGGCUAAUAUGAAAUUGGAUGAUAACCUGGAGAUUCUCUACAGACAUUUGAAAAAUAUGUGUACAAUAAUUCGCCGUUCAUCCAUGAGAAAUGGCUACCCCUACUUCAAAAUAGUUCAGGUGCUGGUUCAGCGCGUAUCUAGGAGGAUGUUUAAUAUGGACCAUUUGCGGCAAAUUGCUUGGGCGGCUCCUAAUUUGAUUAGCAUAAAGUGGGUUACGAUUGGAGACUCUAUACGUCGUGACUACGUCUCCGAAUAUAAUGAAUCGCGUGGAGAUGUUGUUUACGAUCUUCAUAUUAGACUCUUGAGACCGGAUGGAAGCAACUGUGCCAACACUGAGGAUUAUGAGAAUCUUUGCUUCCGAUUUAAGACGAUUCUAUAUGUGUGGAUGGCAAAGUGGAAGAUGGAAAGAGAUCAUCUGAAUGACAAAACUGAAAUAUCCAUGCCUAUGGUGCAACUACCGGAAAAACCUACUAAUUCUGCCUAUAGCACACCUGUAAGAACUCCUAGGCUAUAUAUGGAGAGUCCGAAGCCUAUGUUAUCAAAGAGCUCCGUGAGACGCCUCGGUUUGGUUGACAGUCUGAGGACUCCUGUAUCCUCAAUGAGGCUUUUUGGUAAUGAAUCAAUUGUCAAUCCUGAUUCCGCUGGUAGCUCUAGCAAGAGAAUGAGGAAGAUGGAAAUAAUGUCACCCGUGUCUACGGAUUUACUUGACACCCCGGGCAUGCGCAGAAUCAAGGAAAAUGCUGAAAGACUAGCAUCAAUCAAGGUUAAAUCUGAAGUUAAUCAGGAAAACGAUUUGAAGUACUGGAUAGAUAUGCGUUGGUUUAUAAACAUUCUAGUGGCAAUAUCCAUUGAUGAUACAAACUCAUCCGUCAUGAGGUUGGAGUUUUUGGUCGAUUUCAUAGUGAAAUAUGGUUCACGAAAGGUGACUCAAGAACAAGUUGAUCGAUGGACAACUACACUUUCUGAGAUCGCCCCCAAUCUAUUAAGCAAAAAGGUUUCAAAAUUUGAAGAUUAUUCAACUAUACUCACAAUCAAUUCCUCAUCGUCCUUCGCUCCAGCUCUGGAGUAUAUCAACCGCAAAAUUAACACACUCAAGUCCUAG